CUUCCUUAUCAAUUUACUAUAAAUUAGAUAUCCGAUUUUCGGUCAAUUUUGGAUAAAAAAUGUCUUUAUCUCUGGGAAUAUGGAAUGCAAAUGGGUUGGAUUAUAGCGAUAAAUCAAUUCCACAAUUUCUGGAUUACCUCAUAAGGUGCUUAGGAUUCCGUUCCUUUAAAAACCACCAAAAAUCCUGUUUUGGGGCCUCGUCAAAAGAUGCAUUCCUCGUAAGAGAGGUAUCAGUUCCGAAUCAGUGGUGCUGCUGUUCAUGUUAUUGCGAAGAGCUAUAUUAUUGUCUUUAAGAGCCAUUUAAAAAAGGAAAAUGGGUUUUGUCAAUGAAACGUUCGGGACUGUGCCCCAUUUCACAAAUUUAUUCGGAUUUCUCGUAACAACUCUCCUCCUCCUGUGUGGACUGACGUGGUGGAAUGAUAUUCGCAAUUAUCUACAGCGACGAAAAAAAUUAAUAGCAUUUGCAAAAACACUACCCGGUCCACCUACACGACCUAUUCUAGGAAACGCUUUGGAAUUAUGGGAGAGCGAUAAGGCUUCAUUGAUAUUCGCGAAAAUCAGCCGCGACCUGGACGCGCCCUUGUUCCGAUUUUGGCUGGGUCCGGUCCUCAAAGUGAUAGUGACAGACCCUCGAGACUUUGAGAUAAUACUUUCAUCCAUGAAGAGUACUCACAAGGACCCAGUUUAUCAAUUAAUGAAGCCAAUUGUAGAAUACGGUCUCAUUAACACAGAAGGAGCUGUGUAUCGGUCUCACAAAAAAUUGUUGCUAUCGAUUUUAAAUCAUGGUUCAGUAAUGAAUAAGUACGUGGAGCUGUUCAAUUAUUACUCCAAAAUGUUUGUGGCCAGUUUGGAAAGAAAAAUUGGUGGUGGGGAGUUUGAUGUUGAAGAGGAUGUGAAACGUUGCAUCGGUCAUCUAGCUUUUGAGACAUUAAUGGGUGCAGUUGAUAACAGUGAAAUUAAAGAGCACAAUCCUUUUGUGGAGAAAGCAGAUCAUGCUCUUGGAAUUUUUAUAAACAGGAUAGCGAGACCUUGGUUAUUUCCAAACUUCAUCUUCAAACUCACCCAGCAAGGAAGGAGUUUCUACCAAAUAAGCGACCAGACACACGCUUUCGUCAACAAUAUGAUUGAGACGAAAAAAAGUGAAUACAAAACAUCACACGAGAAAGUAAUGAGUCCAUUACUGGAUUCUCUCAUUGAUCACGUGAUAAAAACCGGAACGUGGUCUGAGCAAGAGCUUCGGGACGAAAUUAUCACAACUUUCGUUGGGUUGAAUGACACGAUAGGAGGGCUUUUGUGCUUCGCAACUUUAAUGCUAGCAAUGCAUCCACAGGUUCAAGAGAGAGCGAGAGCUGAGGUUAAAAAGGUGGUAGGAGAUGAUGAUUUAACGAUGGAGACAAUUCCUGAAUUAAUUUAUAUUGACAUGAUAGUCCGAGAGACCAUAAGAUUGUUCCCAGUGGGCCCUUUACUUCCCCGAAUAUCCACGGAACCAAUAGAACUCACGACCUGCACAGUUCCAGAGGGUUGUUCCCUGUACAUGGUGCCCUUCGCCACGCACAGGGACCCCCGCUACUGGGAAAACCCCGAGGAGUUCAUCCCCGAACGAUUUACCCCCGAGAAUUCGAGAAAUCGUCACCCAUUCGCCUUUCUGCCCUUCAGCAGCGGUUUCAGGAGCUGUCCAGGAUCAAAAUACGGCAUGAUGAGUCUCAAAGUACUGGUUGCAUAUAUCGUACGAUCAUUUCAUCUGGAAUCAACCAUGAAACUCAAUAAAAUUCAGCUACAUACGCAUAUAUCCACCAGGAGCUCCGAUGGAUAUAAAUUAUCUGUCCAAAAAACUGUGAAUUAAUUCAGAUGUUUAUGUCAAUGAAAUAAAAAUAGUUGUAAUUAAUGUUUUUAUGAAAACUGUUGUAAUAAAAUUCAUUA